GUAUUGGACAAUCAACUAUAAUGCCAUUGUUCGUUCUAACCUUGCUCUGUCUUAUUGACUUCAAGCAAGCCGCUGUACCCUCUGAACAACAACAGAGCAUUUAUUCAAAAUGUGUCGAAGGCGUGCGAUCUUUUAACACGAAAUGUGAGGGUUUUAUCAAUGAGAUUCAAAACACAAAUGUUGUUUGUGAAACUCAAAAGAAAGUUAUGAUACUCAAAUGUCAAAAAAUAAGAGUUAACGAGGAAUGCCAAAAAUGUUUUAAAAAUCUUGAUCUACUAGUAUCUGAAUGUGUCAAGUUUUAUCAACCGGCGUCAACAAGCUCUGAUAUGGCAAUAGAAUGCGUUAAUCUGAAAACAAGCUUAGCUGAGGCCUGCUCAACAAAAUGUCCAGUUUGCGAAGACAGUUUGUGCUUAAACGGUGGGAAAUGCCUUGGUGGUGAAUAUGUUUACUCCUGUCGUUGUCCAGUCCAUACCAAAGGCGUCCAUUGUGAGACAAGUAGAUGUUCAAAGCCUUGUGAAAACAACGGUAUUUGUGCUGGAGAUGACUUGUGCAGUUGUCCUUAUCCUUACACUGGUUUAUUUUGUGACCGUGUAAGAUUGGGAUCGAAAUACAACCCUGCUAGAAGUGCUAGUGAAAUCUUAGAGGCCGGUGACAGCCUGAACAGCGGUAUGUACUGGAUCCAGCCGCGUGGGGAACCCCGUCCGGCGCUCACCUAUUGUGAUAUGAAAUUUGAUGAUGGUGGAUGGAUGUUGGCAAGCUAUGGUUAUGUUGAAGUUGGUGGUGAUGACCAUAGAAAUAAAUUGAUGUUAAAUAUGAAUCAUCCUGAAGGUUAUCUCUGGUUGCCACAACAAAGACAAUCUUCACAUGGUCUUAUCACAUUGAGUCAGGGAGCAAAAUUACUUGCAAGAUCAGCUUCAUAUAUGAUUAUGGCUGGAGGCAAUAACCCAGAAACAGGUGGUAUUAAUGAAUACGAGUAUGUAUAUAAAAUUGACUUGCGUAAUAUCACUCAAAAAAUCACCUUUGCUAAUCACAAUCCAUACUAUGGUGCAUCGGGAUCACGAAACAUACCACGAAUGCAUCUGCAAGCUUUUACCAUAUACGGUCUCAAAGGGGACUUGGGGAACUAUACACGUUUUUCAUUGGCCGAAUCACUUGGAGUCACAGCACGUGAUUCAUUCCCGACAGGCUAUGGGUUCAACGAACGAAAAGAGCAAUACGAAUUUUUUAGCAAUGGCCCCUUUUUCCCGAGUGUGCAUACUGGUUCUGGAAGAGUGGAUAGUUUCCGAUAUGGGAAGUUUCGGACCUUCGCCCCUGAUGUGGAGAAGUCUUGUUAUAGAUUUAGUUACAGAGGGUGGUAUACAGCUAUAAAUAUGAACAACUUUGGACAAAUGGCGAUAUGGUUUAAAUAAAGAGAGUAUUCCAGUCCUUUUUUUAAAAAUCUACCGCCUCAUGCUGGGAAUAAUGCGAGAGCUAAACCAGCAUUUGCACUGCAAAAACAUUGUCAACAAUAUAUUUUGUCGUUUCGUUUUUCAGUCGAUUCACUGAAACUGUUCAACAUGAGUAAAGAAACUGUAACAUAAUAUAUACAUUCUGUUUAUCGUAUUUGUUA